AUGACUGAAUCAUUAUUCGAUACCAACUUUACUUCUGAAAACGAACCUAAGUUGACAACCACUUCUGCCACUGGUAACUCAUCCGCCACUGAAACUCAAUCUCAGGGUGAAAGUCAAGGAAUCGCAUCUAAUAACGCCACUGGAAAUAACACAAGCAGUACUGAGAACACCACGAUCAACUCCGCAGCUGCUACUGCCUCUACCAGUGAUGCUCAUGCGACAAGUACCAAUCCAGAUCAUACCGCCACCGAUGCUACAUCACACAACCAAGAGCAUCAUGAUAACGAUGAUGGAUACGAUCACUCUACUUCAUUACCAUCGUUGGAUGACAACUCUAAUGCUGAUGCAUUGAUAAAUUACCGUGUUUUAGUAUCAGCUAAAGAAGCCGGUUGUUUAAUUGGACAAAAUGGAAAGGUUAUCGACUCAAUUAGAGAGGAAACAAAUACCAAAGCUGGAAUCUCUCGAUUGAUUGCUGGUACACACGAACGUAUUUUGACCGUUUCGGGAAAAUUGGAUGAUUGUGCUAAAGCUUUGAGUUAUUUUGCUCAAGCUUUACUUGGAUCAUCAAUUGAAACAUACAAUUAUUUCCCAUUAAAGCAAUUGAGUUCAACUCCAUGUGUUGAGCAUGAAACAACUAUAUUAAGAUUGUUGAUUCCAAAUAGUCAAAUGGGCACAUUGAUUGGUGCCAGAGGUGCCAGAAUUCAACAAAUUCAACAUAAUUUUGCCAUUUCCAUGAUUGCUUCCAAAUCCUUUUUACCCGGUUCAAACGAAAGGUUAGUUGAAUUACAAGGAACAGUGGAUGACUUGUACGAUGCAUUACGAAUCAUUUCGCGUUGUUUAAUUGAAGAUUUUUCGUCAAGUGUUGGUACUACUACUUACUACGUUCCCAAAAGUCAUCAAUUGACAAGAAAAUCAACCGCAACAAUCAGUUUCCCUAACGACAUGGUUGGAGCUUUGAUUGGUAAGAACGGUUCAAGAAUCCAAGGUGUAAGAAAAGUUAGUGGUGCAAUGAUUGGAAUUGGUGAAGCAGUUGAAGGCUCAGAUGAACGAGUUUUCACUAUAACCGGUACUCAACAAGCUGUUGAAAAGGCUAAGCUGUUGUUGUAUCAUAAUUUGGAAAGAGAAGAACAAAGAAGAGCUGAAGCAACUGAGUAG